CGACUUUUACGAUUUUAAAUUUGUGAGUGAGUGUUCUACUCUACGCAUGCCACAAACACAGAAUAAACCCUUUUUAUUUUUUAAUCUCCACCUGCUAUAAAAAAUACGAAGAACGAAGCCCCUAAUCCGGCCCUGCCGCUGCGGCCUAUUGACACUUGACAAGUGACACUUUUCAAAAAUGGCGUUAUGUCAAAAGUAGGCGUAACGUGAACCUAUUACCUAACAUUAGCAUUCUCAUUGAUUACUUCCUCUUGCGUGAUCGCGACUGAUAUUCCGGUGGUUUCGAAUGUCAAAUGAGGGUGAAAUGGCGACGCAAGAAUCGGACGCUGCCAGCCAUCUACGUCGCCGCAAGUUGGUCGAGUGCGCCCAAGAAAAAAUCGAGCAAGGUGAGUUCGGUGGGUCGUCGCUCCGCCACCAAAGCCCCCUUUCCGCAGCCUCCGAGCUCCUCAAGAAGAAGAUCCCCUGCGCUGGCCACUUCCUCGCCCCCAAGCGGCUCUGGCUGAAGCGCGUCUCGACGCCGAACUGCGACGUUGUUGUUGUUUUCCCGCCCGGCGCCGAGGACUCCGUGCUGCUGUGGCUGCUGUCGAAGCUGAGGCAGUCGCCGGGGCUCACGGUGCACGUGAGACACCAUGCUUCCACUCAAAGCAGCGCCUUUUACCUCACUGCGCCCUUUUCGAUUUUGCUCAAAGCUGCUGAAGAGUAUCAUCUUCCAAAAAUCCUGAAGGAAAACAAGGGGGGCGGCUUGAAGGAGUUUCUCAUGCAGGACUUCCAGUCGUAUGAGGGUUCAGGGAGCGAGGAGCACUUCUUCACUACGGAGGAGAGACAAUGGUUGGUGUUGCGGCUGUUGGAGAGCAUUCGGGCGAAGAGCAGUGACGUGGAGUCCAUACCUGGAUUGGCGCUUCUAGAAGGACAACCCAUUGUUCCUAAGUGUCUAACCUCUGGAAUUAUCUCACAAGUGUUUCCCUUACACGAGCCUGCCGCUUUAGAACGUCUGCAGAACACGUGGGUUAGGGAUUUUUGUGCCAGGCAACCACUAGACGAAAUAACCGAAUACUUCGGCGUGAAAAUCGGCAUGUACUUCGCCUGGCUGGGCCACUACACCACCGCCUUGAGCAUCCCCGCCAUCGUCGGCUUCUUCUUCUGGCUCUGCUGCAACGGCAAGCACCAAACCCUCGAGGACGUCGGCUACGUGCUCUUCUCGGUGUUCAACGUCGUGUGGGUGACCACCUACCUGCAGGCUUGGAAGCGCUACUCGGCCGAGCUGGCCUUCCGCUGGGGCACGCUGGACCAACGGGACGACCUGCUCGCCGAGCCACGCCCCCUGUUUCGGGUUGCGCGACAUGUUAUGAUAUGUUCCCAGGGGCCCCUGCAGCCCAGUCCGGUCACGGGAAGGCUGGAACCGUGGCAUCCGGCGUGGAAGAGGCACGUUUUCAGAUACUGCGUGUCGGUGCCGAUUAUUGUGGUGUGCUUGUCAACGGUGUUCUUCGUGAUGAUCGUGUCGCUGCAGAUACAGGACUGGUGGGACGGCCUGCUCAGUUCGAAGGGCCUGCCCAUGUGGCUCGGCUACUUGCCCAAAAUCAUGUUAGCCGUGGUAAUUUCUCUCAUGGAUGAGGCCUACUUCAAAAUAGCCAUUUGGCUGAACGACAAAGAGAACUACCGUCUUGAGACGAAGUACGAAAACCACCUCAUCGGCAAAGUGGCCUUGUUUCAAUUUGUCAAUUCGUUCCUCUCAUUGUUUUACAUCGCUUUUUAUCUGCAAGAUCAGGCGCGCCUCAAGGAGCAAUUGGCCGCUUUAUUGAUAUCCAGACAGGUGAUCGGUAACCUGAAAGAGUCCGCUUUGCCCUACAUGCUAGAGCAUAUGCGUUUAGCCAAAAUGAGUUUUGACUUGUGGGGUGCUUUAAGUCCACAAAGUACCAACAGACCGCCGCCGGGAGAGGAGCAGGAGAAGGAUAAGGAGCAGGUGCCGGAAGUGAGGGAGGAGCCGGCGGCGGAGCAAGCGAACAAGAGGAGCAUGAGCCAGGCGGAGCUGGAGAGCUCCUUGUAUAAGUACGACGGGACUUUCGCCGACCACCUGGAGAUGACGAUGCAACUGGGAUACGUCAUUCUCUUCUCGUCAGCGUUUCCGCCGGCUGCGCUCUGCGCUAUGUUUAACAACCUGGUGGAAAUACGCAGCGACGCUUUCAAGCUGGGUUACGUGUGCCAGAGGCCGUUCGGGCAAAGGGUGCCCAAUAUAGGGACCUGGCAGAAUUGUAUGGAGUACAUGAGCAUCAUGGCGGUAUUGGUCAACUGCGCUCUGAUUGGUCUAUCGGGACAGGUGCAUCGGAUGUUUCCGGAUAUGACCGCUACUCAGACCAUUCUGCUGAUCGUGGCCUUGGAGCAUAUCAUGCUCGUGAUCAGGUUUAUAAUCACGUGUGCCAUACCCGACAUUCCCGGUUGGUUGGCCACUGAGAUGGCAAAAAUCGAGUGGGCUAGGCGCGAAGCGAGCAGGCUUCCCAACACUUCGACACCUUCGCCUGAAGAACUAUCAGCGAAGCUCAUUGGAAGAUUUUCAGUUUCCCCGAGUCACAGCCUCGUCACCGGCAACGAGAGCAAACUCGACAUGAAACUGCGCGAAAUGUCGGAAACCAUCAAAGAAAAAGAAUCGGUGUCACAGAACGCCACCCCCGUCCCCACCCCCACCACGCCGGCCCCCGCCACCCUCCACAAACCCGUCUCCAUCACCCCCGACAGCAUCCAGCAGAUCCCGCCGUUCAAACCGCGCAAAUCCAAAGAGUGGGUCCCGCCGGAGAGCGAGCACGCCCACCACCUCACGAUCGGGCCGAGCGGCGGGGCUGAGUGGGCCAAGCGCCUCAAGGAGGAGACCGACAUACAUCGAAGCACCGACUGCAUAACCCCGAAGGACGCCUCCAGCUCGGACUCGGACCUGCUGAAGAGCAGCCCGGUGUGGCCGCCGCGGCCGCGCUCGCCGCCGCACCACAGCAGCCCGCCCGUCCGGGCGCGCCCCGCCCCCGCCGACUCCUCCCUCAGCGACAGCGCGCGCAGCGUGUCGAGCCAGGAGGCGGACGAGGCGGCGCGCGCCGCCGAGGAGCUGGCGGCGAAGAAGACGCGGGUGAAGCAGAGUUUGAUGAAGCGCGCGCGCUCGGUCGCGAUCUUCUCGCUGAAGCUGAAGGAGCGGAGGGCCAGGGAGGCGCAGGAGAAGGCGGCGAACAAGCCGGUCACGCCGACCACGCAGCUGCCGCCCCCGCAGUGUGGGGGCGGGGAGCUGUCGUGCAUACCCAUCGAAAAGCUCAUUCAACUGGAGGAUGUGAGACGUAACGCGAGGCCUACUCAGAGCGGAACUUUGUAGCAACUUUGCUCUUAUCCAGUCAUCGUGUAAGCAUUCCUCAUACAAAAAGUAGAUUUCUGUUUAAUCGACACGAACUUGCAUGUUUCUCAAUUUAACUCGGGUGAAAGAAAAUUUGUGAAUCGAGCAAUAACGUAGUUUAAACAAUAACAAAUCAAACACUGAUUGACAAGCCAGUUAACAAUGGUAAGCUGAUUUUUAGAUAUUUAAACAUCAAUGUUAAUAGUUACAUAAGAUUGUUUUUAAAUUAUUUUUUUAUAAUCAGUAGGUGUAUGUUAUCCUCACGUAGCGGUAAGACUGUAACAAUAAAUAGAGUAUAGGGCUGGAUUCUGCUUGGUUGCGUAGCGGCUGUAGUUUCGUUGGGUUGACUGUAGACCCUCAUCCACUUUCGUUACCAUUUUUACCACAUUUAGAGUUAAUGAAGUUCGUCCAGAAACGUAAUGCAUUGCCUUCUUUGCGGCCAGUGCGACCCCGCUAGGUGCAAAAUGGCGCCGGUUACUCGGGCGCCAUUUUCCACCGACUUAGAACUGGCCGUUCAAGUAUUAUUUUUGACGUUUUACAUAGCGCUUAUCAAUAGUGGAAAACAAUAAGACUGCGAAAUAUUUUUGUGACAUUUAGUACGAAGAAAUGCCUUGGUAUUGUUAUUUGUUCGAUUUUUAGCCAGAUUUUAACGAUGUGAUUAUCCACAGCAUUAAAAACAUAACAAAAAAAAUGACAAAUUCUGUGCUUGUCGAACUUUCAUGUUGCUUAAAUGUUAAGCUUGUUGACUAUGUAUUUAAUAAAAGUAAAUGUUUAUUAAAAAACGUA